UAUUCUGGGUUAACAUCCGGCGGGAAUGGAGAGCGUUCUGUGUAUAUGUAUUUUAUGACACAUUAUAAAUUUCACAUGUAACCCGGGAAAUUACACAAAAAGUAGAGAAAAUUAACAACUGUGAACGGUAAGUACAAAGCGUGCAGCGGGGUAUAAGAAGACCCAUAAAACGGUGGUAAUUUUUUUUUUUUUUUUACAAGACAUACUUCCAUUAAGAAACCUAAUAUCGCUGCGGCGACGGGCUGCUCUUUAUCGGGGAAGUUUAUAUAAAUUCUCGCAGGAUCAAUGAAUUUAAUUAAAGGUUUACCGGCAAUUGAGAAUGGGGAUUAAUUGACCCCUGUUUUCCACUGUAAUUUUCUAAAGAUUUCAUGCAGUACGAUAGAUAAAUCCCAAAAUGUUCAGUCUUAUCUUUAUUUCCGAGCCAUCACUCUGUUUGAGUUCUGUGCAGAUAAACCCCCAUCUUGUGUACGUAAUACGUUGAGGGGAGAGGGUCUUUGUUUAGAUAGGGAAACCCUUUAUGUCAGAAACCUGUGUUUACUCAUGUGGAACUACGCCGCUGGGUGCACACACAUUCACUGAGAUGUAGGAAAUGAUUGUGAGGGAGGCUACAUGAUAUUGGAUUUAGAAUGGAUUCAGGAUUUUUAGCAUUACAUACCUUUGUUAUGCUGAGUCUAUGGAGAAGCGGCAGGAUGUGAAGUUCUAACCCGUGUACAGUCAGCUUAGAAAAUACUCCAAAUUUUCAGUGAUGUGAAUUAAAACAAAUUACAACAGUCUUAACGUAAAAAAAAAACAAAAAAACAACACAGUAAUUCAAGUCAUUAUCGCAGCUAUUUUUGAAUGACCUUGAACUCUGACCUUUGAUCAUGUCACUGUGUGAACUGUUGUGCACAUUGUUAUUGGUGUGUGUUUGUCUGUUGUCGUCAGUGGAUGGACAAAAGAAAAACAAACCCCCACGAUGGAAGCCAAAGACCAGGCCUUUCAAUGGAGAUAACAUUAUUGCCAAGUCCUCGGGGAGUGAUAUCAAGCUUAGCUGUCCAGCAUAUGGAUACCCCAAACCAGUUACUACAUGGUAUAAAGAUCAAAGCUUGUUUGACCCGAGUAAACGACCAAAGACCAAGGCCCGACACAGUUCUUUAAUCCUCAACAAUGUCCAAGUAUCAGACAAAGGAGAGUAUAAAUGUGUGGUGCGAAACUCGGAAGGCACUGUCAACUUCACGUUCAUUGUGGAUGUUAUACGAACCUCCUGGCCCCUAGUGUUGGAAGAGCCACAAAAUGCCACAGUGAUUGAGGGGGGAAAGGUGGUGUUUCGAUGUCGGGCCCUAAAUGACCCAGAUGCCACCACUCAGUGGAUCAAACGAGACAAUCAUGCUGAUGAUCCUAGCAUAUCCAAUAAAGACUUUCUUCCAAGCAAUGGCCCAGAAAUAGUUAUUGAGAACAUAACAGCUGAGGAUGCUGGGAAGUACACAUGCAUGGUGGGAAAUUACUUUGGAAUAAAGCACGUAGAUGUGUGGCUGACCGUUAAACAGCUGACCACUACCACGAAAAAAACCACCACCACAACUACCACCACCACAACCACCACCACAGCUGCUCCUACAACUACCACCACCACCACAACCACUACCACCACACCCAAGCCCACCACCACCACGAGUGCUGUCAAUCCAUACAUCGGUUCAUACUUACCGGGCAUCAAUGAUGAUGAUGAGGAUAUGUUUGAGGGAGGAAGUGGAAACAGUAUGGAAAAGGAUAAAAAGAAGAACAAAAAGAAGAAAAAGAAAAACAAGAAGAAGAAAAAGAAGAAUAAAAAGAAGAAGAAGAAGGAACGUCAGAGAGAACGGGAACGGAAGCAGCAGCAGCGGGAGAAGAAACGGCAGGAAGAACUGGACAGGAUGAACAAACAGGAGGGGGGUGACAUCGAUAGGGAGUUCCCUGAUAUCAGCUUCACCAACAACAAUAACCCCAUUCUCUUUGAAAAUGCUGAAGAUGUUAUUGACCCCAUUUACCCAUUCCUGUUCACAACUCCUUUUCCAGAAGACCACAAAAUAUCGACUGGCAAGAACCCAUUCGAGGACUUCCAGCCCGGAAGAACCGAAAAGGAAGACCACAAAAUAAUGACUAGCAAGAACCCAUUCGAGGACUUCCAACCCGGAACAGCCGAAAAGGAAGAGGGAAUGAGUGCCUGGACUAUUUACAUCAUUGUGGGACUUGUGGCGGGCGGUGUUCUGCUGGUUGGAUUGGUGGCGAUAGUGGUGGCUCUUUGUUGUAAUCGAAUAGAGGAUCAAAACGGGUACAAGCACACUUCUGUGUGACAGAAUAUGUGAAAUUAUCGCUUCAUCUGAUGUCAACCAUGACCAUGUCUCAAUGUAAGUGAAGGUGAUGGUUCGAAGGUGUUUUGUCAAUGUAUGGGGACUGCCAUCUUGUACAGAACAGUGUACCAAUAGACAUCAUGUUUUCUGUGAAAAUAAACUCUAUGCAGAAUGGAAUGGAAGGGACUUGGUUGAUACACCAUUAUUAUACUGCCAUGAGAAAACUUUUAUAUACUGUAAUAAGAGGUGUACCUGUCACACACCCAGUCUGGUGUAGUAUUAGUGUUGAUUUUGAACAUUUUGUUUCUCUUUACAUUGUGGAUUACCUCUAGAUCAUGUGUCAUUUGGUGCAUGUUAUGUGUGCAUUCUGGUCACUGUGCAAUAUUGUUUGAUGUAUUAUCAUAGUUCUGUAGUAGUCAAAAUCUGAAUUAUAUUUAGACCAGUCAUAAAAUGCAAUGAUCGUUUCAUUAAGCAUGUGUAAUUCAUGUACAUUGUUUCCUUUGACGUGGAUGUUCAGCAGUAUGACAUACACACAAUUUGUGAAUGUUUGUACAAUCAUUUGAAUAUACUCAGUCUUGCCAGGUGCUUGUAAUGCUAUAUAAAAUUGAUGAUAGAUGCUGAUUAUAAUUGGAUGAUUAUCUGAUGUUUAAAGAAUGUUCUUUAUACAGUUAGGACCAUGCAUGUUUAUUUAUAAAUGGCAGAAAGGCCAAGACAUGUAUUUACUACUGCAAUUGUUCUAUUGAAACAUUUGGUUAAGAAAGGCAUCUCUAACAUGUUCAGAUCCAGAACUUUUAUUUUCCGGGGGUGGGUGGGAAGGUCGUUUAUACGGUACUUAGUCACAACUACAACUGCUUAAAGGUAGGCAAAUAAUCUUUUGGGGGGAUAUUCAAAAUUUUUAUUUUUGACCAUGUUUUAAUUCCUGACAGUUGCCUUUUAACUUUUUUAUCAUAUAGUUUUAACAUAUUAAUCUCUUUAAUGUUCAUCAGAAUGGAAUCCUAUUUAGACCAAAGAAUAGUUAUAUAUAUCUUCUGAACUCGAGAUCCAAAGUUUUCAUUAGAAAACUGGUUUUGACCUUCAUAUUUGUCACUGAUUUCAGUCCCAGUAUUUCAUUGUAGAUACUCCAUUGAGGCUUAAGGGUAAAACUUCUGUUUUUGAAGUAACACAGUUUAAUUUGUACUCAAAAGGUCACUGAAAAGGUCAAUUGUAAUUUCCAUGUCUACACUUUGGGUAAUUAAGUCUAUCUCUUGUCAUCAAUAAUCCACAAGUUGCAUGUUAUGAUGUGAGGAAUACAGGAGAUUCAGAAAUACAUGUGAAAUGAAAUGCAGGUCUCAUUUUGUUGUUCUAGUUGUAGGGUUAGUAUUACCUGUAGUGUACAAAAAGCAUGCUAUCUCAUAGCAAUCAUCUAGCCUUACCACACAACGAACAUAUAUCCUGAUAUUCAGCCAAUGAUCUGUAACUAUAUAUAUAUAUAUAAUCUGUGUGCAGAUCCGAUCAGUUCAAUUAAAUAUUUUCAAGGAGCAAAUUUAGUACUAGCUGUUCCAAGCAUAUUGUAUGUUUGUGUAUAUAUAUAUAUUUUGGCAUAUAACUAGGUCAUUUUUUUUUUUUACCUAUGUUAUAUCAAAUUACUCCCUGAAAAUAAAUUCACAUGUUACUUUGUAACCAUCUAAUUGUCAUAUUUGGUGGUGGUUUUUAGUUUUCGUUUUGUAUGCCCCCACCAUAAAAUGGCUGAGGCUUAUAGUGUACUUUCCUCCAUCAUAGCUUCCAGUCAUCAUCUCUGAUGUGCAUAUUCAUGAGAAUAUGCAGGUCAAAUUACUACCCAGUUUCCGGUCAAUAAAUUUUAGCAGAGUUAUACCCCUUGGAUAAAGAAAAUUUUAAACAAUUCAUAGUUUCUGCUCAUAAUAUCUCAGCCAUACAUGGAGAUUUUGAAUUAAAAUUUUGGAAAUGGAUUUAUCAUGAGAAUCAGUGAGGUAAAGUACUUAUAUGAGUCCGGAUGGGUAGUUUUUGGCAGUUUAUGGUUUUGGGCUGGAGCAUUUGGGUCACUUUAAACAUUUAUAAUUUUUAUACAUUUAUUUUCUUUCCUAACAGAAAAUAGGAAAUUAGCAAUGGAGAGAAUAUUUAAACACAAAGUAACGUUCAAUUUUUUUUCAAAUUUUCUGUUAGAGUUUAUUGUUACUAGCCCACAUACAUAAAGCGAAACACAGUACCUACAGCAUUAAGGAUUAUUUCAGUCGUUAAAGCAAUUUUUAAAUUUGGCUUGACAUUUUUGAAAACAGUGCUUGAUGUGGAAAUUUCACCAGAGAGGUGGUGCCCUUUUUAUACGCCCGUCUUAAGACGGGACGUAUUAUGGUAUGGCGUUCAUGUCCGUCCGUCUGUCUGUUAGCUUUUUCGUGUCCGACCCGUAACUUAAAUACUACAAGGCCUAGAAUCAUCAAACUUUGUCUGUAGAUACAUCUUGGGUAGAAGGUGUGUCCAACAUUAAAACCAGGUCACUGUGACUUUUCAUUAAGAAGAUAUCUGUCUGUCCAUCCGUCUGUUAGCUUUUUCGUGUCCGACCCGUAACUUAAAUACUACAAGGCCUAGAAUCAUCAAACUUUGUCUGUAGAUACAUCUUGGGUAGAAGGUGUGUCGCACAUUAAAACCAGGUCACUGUGACUUUUCAUUAAGAAGAUAUGGCCAUAUAUGGCAAAAACUUGUCCGGCUCAUAACUUGAAAACUAUUAGACCUAGAAUCACCAACAUUGGUCAACUAAUGCAUCUUAGGUAGAAGGUGUGUCGCAUCCUACUUUAAGGUCACUGUGACAUUUAAUUAAGGUGAUAUAAAAAAAAAAUGUUUUAAUGGGUACAAUCUAUACUGUUAACAAUAUGUGACGGGCAUAUCAUGUGCCGUGGCGGUGCACUUUAUUCAUUUUCUCAGAGUUGUAAUAGUGGAAAAUACCAAGUGUGUUUAUAAUUAACAAAGGGAGAUGAGUAGAGGAUGUGUUGUGUUUGUUGUUGAUAUUACGUGGUGUGUGUAGUCCUGCAGAUCCGGUGUUCCCUCCCUUGGUUUUACAUAUACUCUAUGAUAUAGAAAUUAACAUUAAUAGAUACUCAUUUCAAUCACCUAUUUAUUUUAAAUCUAUUCUGAUUUUUCAUAUUUUAUUCAAAUUGAAAUUAUCACGAAAUAUUCAUUUCAUAGAUUAAGAAUGUACCACACCAGUUCAUGAAUGCAGUUUUGUAUUUAUCAUUUAAAGAAAACCCACUAUGAGAUAUCUUUUUUGUGGUCAACAAUUUUAGUCAGUCAAUAAAGUAUUUAUACAAAAUAUUUACAAA